AUGCGGUUUCCCUCCUCCCAAUAUCUCUUCCUGCGGGUGUUAUGGCGGCUCCAAAUCUUGACGCAGAUGCAUGCCAACCCAGUUAUGCUAGCUUACGAUGCUAAAGAUUCCCCUGAUGCAGCUGUUCUUAUCAUGCUUUCUUAUGCUAACACUGCUCAAAAGCGCUCGACACCUCUCAUGCUGGCCUACGAAACCGAAGAUGCUCCUGAAGGAGCUACCCCGGUCAUUUUGGCCUAUAAUAACGCAACAAAGAAGUGUUAUACUCCAGUUAUGCUAGCAUAUGAUGCUGAGAACGCACCCAAGGAUGCCACCCGUAUCCUGCUAGCCUACGACGCAUAA